CAACAGUCACAGUACCUACAAACACCAGCUCUGAAGAAAAUAUAGCGCCAGCACCACGCACUUCGACACGGAAAGCUGUGACAAAGUCUGCCUCAAAGGCAUCACUCUCCAAGAAGUCUGACGACAAAUCUUUUGCAUCCACCGCGACAGUCGUCACCACUGCUACUACCGGUAGCCGAAAGCGCAAGCAAGGGCCCACCGCCUCGACGACGCGCACUUCGUCUCUCAAGCGUUCUCGCACUCUACCAGAACCCGUGAACGCCCUCCCCCUUCCUGUACCCCAGGAUGAGUCUGAGAAGCCCCGUAGUCUCCUCGUUGUUGGCACGGGUGACACGGGUCAGUUCGGGCUGGGCAUGGACACUCUGGGGACCAUCAGCAGGCCGAGGCUGCACGCUACCAUCCACAACCUCGUGGAGAACGGAUCGAUGGGCCCCAAUGGCAUCGAGAAGGUGGCUGCUGGCGGUAUGCAUUCGCUCGUCUUAGAUUCGAACGGCAAGAUCCGAUCUUGUGGUGUCAACGACUCCAUGGCCCUCGGCCGUAAGACGCAAGGCAUUCCUGGAAAAGACAACGCCGAGCUCGAAGCCGAAUUCGAUCUCGUGGAAGGCCUCGAUGGCUUCCGUACCACUUUCAUCGCCGCGUCCGACAGCUGCAGUAUCGCACUUAGCGACAAGGGCGAGCUUCGCGCAUGGGGCUCAUUCAGCUCCGACGGCAUUCUCGGUUUUGACGGCAUCCGUGAGCACGCUAUGAAAGUUCUCGAACCUACCGCCCUCCCUGCCUUCUCCAAGUCUCAAAUCUGCAGCGUUGCCUGCGGAGAAGACCAUGUGCUCGCUCUCACUACCUUCGGGACUGUCUACACCUGGGGCAAUGGCGUCAACUUCCAGCUCGGACGCAAGAUCAUGGAGCGCCGCAAGGCGAAUGGCCUCCGGCCUGAACCCCUUCCGCUCAAGGACAUAGUCCUCGUCGCCGCAGGACACCAUCAUUCGUUUGCCGUAGACAAGAAGGGUGUCGUCUAUGCUUGGGGGCUUAACCAGAUGAGGCAGUGCGGAGUCAGCAAUGCGAAGGGCGGAAACCAGAGCCAUGUCACGGCCCCGACGGAAGUAGAGGCACUGAACCCGGCGAAGCACGAUGGUGCGAGGGUCAUCCAGAUUGGGAGGGGCGAGCACCACACCAUUUUCCUUUUGGACAACGGAGAAGUUUGGGGUUGCGGAAGGGCAGACGCUGGGCGGUUGGGGCUGGCGCCUGAUCAUCCUGCCAUGGUCAUUAUCGACGAGGCUUUCCAGGAGGAGUUGAAGGAGAGGGAGAAGGCCAAGGAAGAGAAGAUUCAGAAAGCCAAGGAGGCUGGUCAGGAGCUGACUGAGGAAGAGCUUGCAGAGGACGACAAGAAGGAACGUAUCGUUCCCGACGCCCGAGUCCCCGAGCCUGUUAGGAUCGCCUUCCCGCCUCCGCCUACCGAGGACGAGCCUACGCCAGAAUUGCCCUCGUAUAAGGAGGGCUUCUCGAGCACGAAGAUCGUCGGUAUCUCCAGCGGCUCGAGGUACAAUUUGGCAUGGGACGAGAGUGGUAUUUUGUACUCGUGGGGUGAGGGAGUGUCGAAUCAGUUGGGAUUGGGUCCAAAGACGGAAGAGGCACAUCUGCCGACGAGGGUGCACAAUACGGCGUUGAAGACCUGGAAAGUUGUCGGGGCUAGUGCGGGCGGUCAACACGUCAUGCUCCUUGGUGUUCCGAGAGAAGAACCUUUGGAGUAAACGCACCACGCCCGCCUGCGCCGUCUCAUAUUCUGUCGCAUACUGACUUAUCGCAUCGCAUCGUGCUCUUCUUUCUGUUCCUACAUCUUCCACUUCCGUCCAUCAUCCUUAUUUGCUCCACACUCCCCAUCCCACCCAGAACUCGUUCACACCGUCCAGGCCACCAAUGUCAUCACCUCAUCUGACGCGCCCCCUUGUCCCAUAGAGAUACCUUCUCAUUGUACAUGAACCGUGAUACGGGCUCAAUUCUCGCUUUAUUCCUUUCAUCUCACUUCCGUCGUCAUCACCAUUUUCCAGUCGCCGUGCAUAUCUUGCUUUCCAUCGUGUCACGCUUGUUUAUUCUCUCGCACCAAAUGGCUGUCUGUUCGUUCGUCGUCCUUGUUUUGUUUUGUGAGUGUCCGUCUCGAUAUAUCGUUAAUGUCAU